CUGAUGGCAUCUGGGGUUCAUCUGUCACAUGGGAAGGCACAUGUCCAGAGUCUGCUGAUCCUUCUCUCUUGGGUUUAGCUUCUGGUUUCCCUGGAUUUCUCCAUAAUGUCUCUGGUCUUCCAUCUUAGCUUUUCUGAACUCUCUGAGUUUCAUCUGCUUUUUUAACCUCUCAUAAAGGACCCCAGCAAGGGGAUUAAGACCCACCUUGAAUAGGCAGGGUCACAUCUCCAUGGAAACAACCUAAUCAAAAGGUCCCACCCACGGUAUGUCUGCCCCCCAAGACAGGAUUAAAAGAACAUGGCUUUUCCAGGAUGCAUAACAUCUUCAAACUAACACACUACGGAAAAAAAAAAAACCUUAAUUUCAGAUGAGAAAAUGGAAAAACAAAGUAGCAAAGCUGGCUCAAAUAGUCAAACCAGGGUCCCCUGUGGCCGGCGAGAGCCGUGGCGGCUCUCAGGCAGCUGUCUCGCUUCUGGGAGUGGAGUUAGAAUAUCAUGUGCAUGUGGAGGAACUACAACCACAUCGAGGAGAUGCGAAGCAUGGUGCCAAGCAAGCCCCUACUCUUCCUGAAGCCGUCCACCGCCUAUGCACCCGAGGGCUCCCCGGUCUUUCUGUCCCCCUACAGUCGCUGCGUGCACCACGAGCUGGAGCUGGAGCUGGGCCUGGUGAUGGGCACAUGCCGCCGCAUCCUCCUGAAACCGCGGCCUGGACUACGUGGCUGGCUAUGCCCUGUGCCUGGACAUGGCCACCGGAGACGUGCAGAUCCAGUGCAAGAUGAAGGGACGGCCCUGGACUCUGGCCAAGGGCUUCACGGCCUCCUGCCUUGUCAGCGUGUUCGUGCCCAAAGAGAAGGCCCUUGACCUUCACAACCUGAACCUCUGGCUCAAGAUCAACUGGUGAGCUCCAGCAGGAGGGUGAGAUGUCCUCCAUGAUUUUUUCCAUCCCCUGCAUCAUCAGCUACGUUUCUAGGGUAAAGACCUUGGAAGAAGGAGAUAUUAUCUUGACCAGAAUGCCAAAGUGAGAUAAAGAAAAAGAUGAGAUCCAAGCCAGCAUACACCGGUUAUCAGUAUGACAUUUAAGGUGGAAAGGC